UGUCAACAAAAAAAACCAGGGUUUCAAUGUAAAUAAAGAAAACAAAGGAAUAUAGGAUAGGAGUGAGUAUAUGUAAAUCCCAAUAAAUAAAUUCACACUUUUUGUCGCCAAUUUGGGCAUUAGGGUUUCUCAGGCGUGAAAGCAUUCGACAUGGGUCAGAUCAAAAGAAGUUGCAAUUUUAGUCCUCCUCCUCGGCGCAAUAAGAGGAUACGUACUAUGAAACUUCCCGGUGAUGAUGAUUGGAUCAACGCGGUAAAAAGAAAAAAAAGAGAAAGAAGAGAAAGCAACACAAAUGUUGGUGGACAAUGGGAUUCAAUUGAAAUUCCACUGGAUUUAUAUAAGGAUAUUAUGAAAGCAAACACUAUCAGGAAGCAAUUGGAGACUCACCCAGAUGACAAGAAUCUCCAGUGCAUGUUAGAUUCUGUUGAAGACGAUAUUCCCAUUUUCGUGGACUACUAUAAGGAUAUCAAAGUUCUCCCACGUUGCUGGAAAUAUGACCCUGCCACUGCAAGCACCCUUGUGCCAAAGAAGAGUCUUAUAUUAACGGACAUUGAUUUUAUUAGUUCUGAUUCUCCAAAGAGGCAUGGGUUUUCACCACCUCCGUAUGACCUAUUGGAUACCAACCGGAAGCACCCUAAUACGGAAGUAGUUCCCUUGAAUGCUGACGAGGAGAAAAUCUGGCUUCAGUUUCUAGAAUUUGCUAAAAAGACGACUUGUCUCAAUAUCUCUGAGGGAUUCCUGUAUAGAGAAAGAAAAAAGGACUGUUCCACUUGAUAACCCCAUUGUUGGUCUUAUUGGUAACUUUGCCGUUGAUACCUUCAACCAGGCUUUUGAGAUGCUUAUUAAGGAGGGUGAGCACAACCGUAUCCAUUUUCCUGAAUUCAAGGAGUGCAGAUAUAUAAAAAUGACCGGGUAUUAUUACUUUUACCUGACCUUAAUAGCAUGCGAAGAAGGCUUACCUGGCAUCUAUGAAACAAAAGUUGAAUGCACAAGUAUAUCAGGCGAGAGAACUUUGAGCCAUUUUGUUUCGACUUAUCCUAAAUCAGAAUGUACGCAUUAUUUGGAGUUUCUAAUGCUUUUAAAACUCAUAUAUUUUUUUUUAUAUAUUAAUUCCCAAUUACAUUACUGCAAACAUGCAAUUCUUCAUAA